GGGUCCUCUGGCAAAGAAAUCUGCUCUCCGAACCUGCUUAUCCUUCGCGCAGCUCCCAGUAACCACUAACAUCCCUAACGGGCAUCAGAGCUGGGGGCUCUCUUUGGAAAUCGUGCUGGCCCAGCUCGGUUCUCCCAGCUCGCGAAGAUUACCGCAUCUUUCUUCCUAGCGCAGAGAAGUUGGAUCGGACCUGAACCCCUAAAAGCGGAACCGCCUCCCGCCCUCGCGCCAGCCGCCCGCCCGGAGCUGAGUCGCCCGCGGCGGUGGCGGCGGACAGAGCUGAGAGUUUCCUCCCGCACUGGAUGGAGCUGAACUUUGGGCGGCCAGAGCAGCGCGGCAGUCCGGGGAUCACUGCAUGCUGAGCUCUCUUGGCGAGACCCAGCGGCGGCUCGGGAAUUUUUGGGGGGCGGGGACCAGCUGCGCGCCGGCACCAUGUUCCUGGUGACCCUGUACUUCGCGCUACCGCUCCUGGACGUGCUCCUGGCGGCCGAGGUGAGCGGGGGGGACCGCCUGGAUUGCGUGAAAGCCAGCGAUCAGUGCCUGAAGGAGCAGAGCUGCAGCACCAAGUACCGCACGCUGAGGCAGUGCGUGGCGGGCAAGGAGACUAACUUCAGCCUGACAUCCGGCCUGGAGGCCAAGGACGAGUGCCGCAGCGCCAUGGAGGCCCUCAAGCAGAAGUCGCUCUACAACUGCCGCUGCAAGCGCGGUAUGAAGAAGGAGAAGAACUGCCUGCGCAUCUACUGGAGCAUGUACCAGAGCCUGCAGGGAAAUGAUCUGCUUGAAGAUUCCCCAUACGAACCAGUUAACAGCAGAUUGUCUGAUAUAUUCCGGGUGGUCCCAUUCAUACCAGAUAUUUUGCAGCAAGUGGAGCACAUCCCCAAAGGGAACAACUGCCUUGAUGCCGCUAAGGCCUGCAACCUUGACGACACCUGCAAGAAGUACAGGUCCGCGUACAUCACCCCAUGUACCACCAGCAUGUCCAACGAAGUCUGCAACCGGCGCAAGUGCCACAAGGCCCUCCGGCAGUUCUUUGACAAGGUUCCGGCCAAGCACAGCUACGGAAUGCUCUUCUGCUCCUGCCAGGACAUUGCCUGCACUGAGCGGAGGCGGCAGACCAUCGUGCCUGUGUGCUCCUAUGAGGAGAGGGAGAAACCCAACUGUUUGAAUUUGCAGGAUUCCUGCAAGACGAAUUACAUCUGCAGAUCUCGCCUUGCGGAUUUUUUUACCAACUGCCAGCCGGAGUCAAGGUCCGUCAGCAGCUGUCUAAAGGAAAACUAUGCUGACUGCCUCCUUGCCUACUCAGGCCUCAUUGGUACAGUCAUGACCCCCAACUACAUAGACUCCAGUAGCCUCAGCGUGGCCCCGUGGUGUGACUGCAGCAACAGUGGGAAUGACCUGGAAGAGUGCUCGAAAUUUUUGAAUUUCUUCAAGGACAAUACAUGUCUUAAAAAUGCAAUUCAAGCCUUUGGCAAUGGCUCCGAUGUGACAGUGUGGCAGCCAGCCCUCCCUGUUCAGACCACCACUGCCACCACCACCACAGCCUUCCGGGUCAAGAACAAGCCCCUGGGGCCAGCAGGGUCUGAGAAUGAAAUCCCCACUCAUGUUUUACCACCUUGUGCAAAUUUACAGGCACAGAAGCUGAAAUCCAAUGUGUCGGGCAGUACACACCUCUGUCUUUCUGAUCGUGAUUUUGAAAAGGAUGGUCUCGCUGGUGCUUCCAGCCACAUAACCACAAAAUCAAUGGCUGCUCCUCCAAGCUGCGGUCUGAGCCCACUGCUGGUUCUGGUGGUAACCGCCCUGUCCACCCUAUUAUCUUUAUCUUUGGCAGAAACAUCGUAGCUGCAUUUAAAAAACGAUAUGGACAUGUAAAAAGACAAAAACCAAGUUAUCCGUUUCCUGUCCUCUUGUAUAUCUGAAAUUCCAGUUUUAGGAGCUCAGCUGAGACACUACUAAAACAGUUUUAUCCAACUGGAACUUUUUUUUUUUUUUUUUCUUUUUUUUAAGAAAGCUUCUUGUGAUCCUUAGGGCUUCUGUGGAAUACCCAAUGCAGUGCUACAUUCCAAACUCAAAAGGCUUUGGGGCAUGCUGUAUUGUAAAGGGACAGUUUGUAAAUUUAGCUGUAAAGCAAACUGGGGCCAUGUUUUUCAUGAUGAUGAUGAUAAUUUUAACAGCUUAACUCUGGCCUUCACUAGCUAGAGGAGUUAGUAUUUCUCAAAGAUCUUGCAUAUCUCA